CUAAAGCAUUUGCUCAAUAGUAGCAUGCUUUCAUGCAAGUAACUAGCAUGUGUAACAGUACCUUAUCUUGCACCCGUACACGCAUGAUAAUUUUUUUCAGUACUUAAGACCCAAAAAGGAAAAACCUGCUUAUGCACACUCGGGUACUUAACGGGGUCGUUAACUUUUAUUGUUUUGUCUACAGAAGUGACUUUUCUCUGAAAUGUUUGACCCACUGUGAUGUUAGUAGAACGUACACUGAUAUCAGAGUGACGUCUAACUUAUGUCAUUCAAAUAUCGUGCAUUUCACUCGUAGAAGCACGAUAGGGAGCGUGCAUGAACUGUAGGAGGCAGCACAGGAGCUGUCAUAUUUUUGGCGCGAAGCGUAAAUGUGAUGUUUAUUGUUCCGAUGUAGCCCACAAGAUGGCAGAACCUACUAUGCACAAGAAAAUACUUGACGUGUAAAUGUGCCUGUUAAUGGUUCCGAUUCAGACCACAAGAUGGCAGACCCUCCAACGCGCACGGUCCCUAAUAACUAAAUAAUAUGAUUCAAAUAUCAUUCUAAUGCCGAGUACGAAUGAAUUUUGAUAAUCUACAUAUUAACCCCCUUAUUCAUAAACGUCUACUAAAGUUGACAAGCCGCUAAUAAUCGUUUGUCCCUUUCCGACGUAUUGGUAUGGUGGAAAGGGACAAACGAUUAUUAGCGGCUUGUCAACUUUAGUAGACGUUUAUGAAUAAGGGGGUUAAUGUCUAAAUAUUCUUGGACCGAAUAGAAAGAAUUCUGCACUAGCGAUUGCUGUAGUUUUCCUUAGUUACCUGACCGUUAAUGAUUUUAUUGCUAGGUAAUGUAACAAUUAGUAUAAGUCUUGCAUGUUAAAGCUGGAUAUAUACCUACUCGUAUGAGUAAAUGACCUGCAGUUUCUGUAAUCGAACAUCAACGUGACAUUUUAAUCUUAACCUUAUCAAAGUACAGAUAAACAUAGAUAAUCUGACUUCCACUCUCGAUACCAGAGAUGAAAUACAGCAGCACCCGUUCCUAGUUUUAGUAGUGUAAUAAUAAAAUGGAUAAAAUUACUUGUAGUGUAUUAGCUUUCAUUUAUUUAAUGCAGUGUUUGUGUGUGGCGCAAAUACUGAAGUUUGGAACAUGUCCUGAUGUGAAGACCAUGAAGUAUUUUGAAUUAGAAAAGUUCCUUGGUGUUUGGUACGAAAUAGAGCGGUUCCCGACCUGGUAUGAGGACCACGGCGCAUGCGCGUAUAAGCGUAUAAACGCGUGCGGGCGGCACAUUGAAAUCGAGCACGUGUAUGUAAAGGACGGCAUCGAGUACGUACUUCAUGUGAACACGACAUAUUCUGCUGGGGACGAGGCGGUGUUCAUCAUACAGGAGAGUAACAUUGAUCCAAUGGGCAUACCAAUAUCAGUACUAACGACGGACUACACCAACUACGCCGUUAUUUACGGUUGUAGGAACAGUGAAGAAAUGGACCUGAUGUAUAUUUCAGCAUGGAUCGCCUCCCGCUCGUCCACUCUCGACCCGAAGACGCUGGACAAAGCGCGUCGCGAGCUGAGCUCCAUUCCCUUUGCCAGUGCAGCGUACUUGGAAAAAGUGGAGCAGGAGAAAUGCAGCUUCCACUGGACUGCACAUAUCGAAGCAGUUAUUGCACAUGUCGAUGAAGAAUCUUAGGCAGCUAUUUAUGAAUGCGUUUGAUUUUCAUAUAUUUUUAUUUGGUCUACAAAAAUAUAUAUGCCGCUCAAGUGUCGCUAUGGAUUUCGGCGGUCAAUCGUAAAAUUAGGCAGAUUGUGGAGUUCCUAGGAAUAUCGUGAAACGUGAAAAUCUUUGUCUCGUUCCCUGUGUCGACGCUACCCCGCUUCUCCUAUUUCU